AUGAAACACAUCAUAUUUCUUUCAAUUGUAUUGUGUUUUUGUGAUAAUGUAAUGUAUAAUAAUUAUGUAGAGCGAAUAUUAUUUGAAUUGCCAAAUAAUAUAACAGAUGAUUUAAAUUCUGAGCCAAUGGUUGAAUACGAAGUUAAAGAAAAAAAAGAUGAUAAUAUAGAUAUAAAUAAAGAUGUAAGGCAUUGGAAUAUUGAGAUAAAUGAGCACAAGGAUAAUCCAAAUAUUCAAAGAAAUCCCGAGGGGAAUGAUAAUAAUCAUAAUAAUGAAAAUAAUGAUAACUGGGAAUAUCAUUCCAAUUAUAAUGACGAAAAAUUCGAAAGCCAAAAUGAAAAUGAAAGGAAUGGAUUUUCUCUAAAAAACGAGGUGGAGAAAAAUCCAGAAGAAAGAAAGGAUACACCAUUUGAUGAAUACAAUGAAUAUGCUAAUUUUGAAAAUAUGAAUAAUAAUUUCGAAAAAAAUAAAAAAAAAUACUUUGAGGAUAUGCAAUCGACAUAUAUGGAAGAUAAAAAAAAUGUAGACAAUAAAGAAUAUAUGGAUGAGGUGAAAAAUAAAAAAAUUGAAUAUCAAAAAAACGAAGAAAAUAAUAUAAAAAAUGGUAUUAUUCAAUAUAAUGAUAACUUAUCAUUUGAUUAUUCUAAGCAUGGAAUGGAUUGGAAUGUAGGAAUAUGCAAAAAUGGAAAAUAUCAAUCCCCUGUAGAUUUACAUAUGCAUACAUUAAAAGAAAGAGAAUUAAAAAACUUAUCAGAUUUUUAUUUAAAUGCAUUUUAUGAUAAUGAUGAAUAUUCAUGGAAUAAUUAUAAUAAACCAUGGUUUAAAGGUGAUAUAUUUUAUUAUUAUGAAAAUUUAAUAAAUAAAAUUAUUAUAAAUAGACAAAAUAAUAUGUUUAAAAUAAAAGCAUCUAAUAAUGAAAUAAUCCCUUUUGGUGUUUUAUUUACAACUGAUGAACCAGCAAUAUUUUAUUCACAUCAUAUUAAUUUCCAUUCCCCUAGUGAGCAUACAUUUGAAGGAUCUGGAAAUAGGAGACAUAUAGAAAUGCAAAUUUAUCACAGUACUAAUGAGAUCUAUGAUUAUGAUGAAAAUAAAUGGAAUGGAGUUUUUGGUAAAAAAACAUAUAAAAAAAAAAAUAAUGAAACAAAUAUUCAGCAUUCAUAUAUUUUAACAUUCUUAAUGAAUAGUUUAUCAAACCCUCAUUUAAGUCAACAAUAUACAAAAAAUAAAAAGAGGAACAAACGGAGUAAAUCAUAUAAUAGUAUUAGAAUGGGGAGAAAUGAUAAAAAUACAAAAAGAGAAAGCCAAUAUCAGGUUAUUUCCAUUACUUUUUCAAGUGCCGAAAUUGAUAAAUCUACAAUUAAUAAUUUUAAAAAACUUCCUUCGGAAAAAUUUUUAAAAACUAUUUUAGAGGGAUCUCAAAAUGUUCCUGUUGGUUCAGGCCCGAAAUUAGUGAAUCUGAAGGAACCUCUAAAUUUAAACUCACUACUUAUGAUGCUAAAUAUGAAAAGUAUGGAAUUUUUUGCAUAUCAUGGAUCUUCAACUUCACCAGGUUGCAAUGAAAAUGUUCACUGGAAAGUUGCCAAAAAAUCUUUACCUAUAUCAACAGAAACCAUGUUAAAGUUUUACAAUAUGUUAAAAAAAACAACACCAUAUUAUAAUGCCAGUGAUAAUGAUAAUUUUAGAGCCUUACAAAAUGUUCAGGGUAAUAUACAUAAUUAUGGUAGAGUAUAUUUAAUACAAGGCUUUCCAGUUCAAUUGUUAAUUUCAUCUGCCUUAAUGACAAGUGACGAUAAAAAUGUGAUUGAAAAUAUAAAACUGGCUUAUUCUAAAUCAAGUGCAAAUUAUAUUUAUUUCAAUUUUAUUUUCUUACUACUUAUUUUUAUGUUUUUACAAAAUUAUUAA